AUGGAAACCACCAACACUUCAUCGGUGACAGAAUUUAUACUCUCCACAUUUGCCGAUCUCCAUAGUUACCAGCUCAAGCUCUUUGUAGUAUUUUUCUUCAUCUUGAUUGUCACCAUAACUGGAAACUUAGCAAUCAUUGCAUUGACCAUCUCUGACUCCCAACUACAUUCCCCAAUGUACUUCUUCCUGACCAACCUAUCAUUUGUAGACACCUGUCUGUGUUUGGUGACGGUUCCUCAAAUGUUGAAGAAUUUUUUGUUGGACUUGAAGAGAAGGGUCAUAUUGUUUGGUGGAUGUAUGGCCCAAAUCUACUUCUUUUUGACAUUUGCCAAUGUUGAGGACUUCUUACUUGCUGUCAUGGCUUAUGAUCGAUAUCUAGCCAUUUGCGACCCUCUCCAUUAUGGAAUUGUAAUGAAUAGGAAACUGCGUGCCCAACUUGUUGCCAUUUGCUGGGUCCUGUCUACAGCAAAUGCCAUUCUACAUACCACUUUAACAUCGAGACUCUCAUACUGCAAGUCCAACCACAUCGACCAUUACUUUUGUGACAUGGUGCCUCUCUUCAAACUCUCCUGCUCAGACACUACCAUCAAUCAAGUAGUCAUCUUCACUGAAGGAUCCAUUGUGGUCGCUGGUCCCUUUCUGUUCAUUUUGGCCUCCUAUGUCCGGAUUAUUUCCACCAUUCUUAAGAUUCAUUCUGCCAAAGGAAGGAGAAAAGUUUUCUCCACCUGCUCUUCCCAUCUAGCUGUGGUGACAUUUUAUUUUGGGACAAUAAUGUUUAUGUACUUUCGUCCAUCGUCUAGCUACUCUUUGAUCAAGGACAGGAUAGCCAGUGUGAUGUACACCAUUCUUGCCCCCAUGUUCAACCCUUUCAUCUACACUUUAAGGAACAAGGAUGUUCAGCAGGCUUCAAAGAAGCUAUUUGUCAGAAUAAGUCAUGCUGUCAGGAAUCAUCCUGUUAUGUCUGUUUAG